GCGAGCAUCGCCUUGCCUUGAUAAAUAUGUCUGCGGCGCUCCUUUCCGUCAUCACCUUUUAAGCUCAAAGCAUCCUUUUACGACCACGGCCAAUAUCCUGUGCCCGGCUAUUGUUGGCUCCUUUGUGCCCGCACUCCCUUUUAGUUCGCACAACCACCGGCACUCUCUAGCAGUCCUCAUGCCGGCCGUACUUGAGGGUGCUGUGCCCCCACCCCAUCUGCAUCUGGCUGCCACCUCGCCGUGGCCAACCUACAACUCUCACCACUACCCGGCCGCUCCCUGCUCCUCGCCCACUCCAAUGACUCCUGAAUCGAUGCACUCGUACAUCCCCCGCCUUCACGACAGCCCGCUGCCUGCUCAGGACCAAAGUGGCGCACCCGCGUCUGGCUGGUUUGGCCCCUCCAUUCCGGCCCCAGACCCUCAGAACGAGGCUGCCUACGGCCCAUUCAGCUACGACCAUUCCUAUGUGACCCCACAUACAGCUUCUGGGCCCUUCUCACCACACCCUCCAUUCUCACAUGCCACAGACGUGCCAGGCACGGCGCCCGCCAACGUUGAGAACGUGGCAGGUACUUUCUCUCCAGUUUCACAAUAUUCAAAAACUUCCGAGGUCCCACAGCCCGAGUUUGUCCGCCAUUCCGAGGAGCCAUACGCAGAGCCCAAGCCUGCCACAGAAGCACCAGGAUCCCAUCUGCAGUCCGACUCCAACACCCCAAACCGGCCCCGGAGCAGUCCCAGCACUUUUGUGCCGAACCAGCAAACUGCCGGGCCCGUUGAGUAUCCGUGGACGAUGAAUCCCCUAGGAAUUUCUACUCCUGGCAUGCACGAACACUACUACUCAAGCCCAACUUAUCCUCCGCUCCGAGACCGCAGUCCCCGCUUCAGUGAGCCGGCCAUGGACCUCCAUGGCGACAUGAUCGCGCCACAGCCACGGCGCAUGUACGCGCCCAUCGCUCCCCAUCCCUCGGGGCCUAGGACGAGCGCGCCAAAGCGCUCCAGGGACGAUGACGAGGAUCCUUCAGAGCACGCUAAGAGGAGGAAGCGUUCGGAUUCCAACACCAACAUGACCAUAGAGUUGGGCGAGGAAGACCGGUUGCUUAUCAAACUAAAGGACGAGGAGAGCAUGCCGUGGAAAGACAUCGCAGCCCGCUUCCAGUCAGACCUCGGGAAGACGUAUCAGAUUCCGGCAUUGCAAAUGCGUCUCAAGCGACUCAGAGAACGCAUGCGCGUGUGGACGGAGGCCGACGUCAAAGCACUCCGAAUGGCGCACGAGUACUGGGUCCAGAGCAAGUUCGACAUCAUCAGCCAAAAGAUGCUAGAGUUUGGCGCAGCCGAGAAAUGGACCGCUCGUCAGUGUGCGCGAAAAUGGGCUGAGAUUGACCCGGGCCCAACUCCAUACACUACGUACGACCACCACGUUCCCGGACCAACCUAUGCACCCUACACGAUGAGCCCUGUAGAAGCGCCUCAUUUCAUGCCUUUCGUGCACAUACAAUGAGCUGUCACCCAUAUGACGGCUCGUUUCUUUUUUGGGUUUCUUUGGAACUUCGGUCGAGGGCGGUGGCUCUCCCCAGGCAUUGGAGUUACGGCGCAGGGUAACAUGG